UCGCCGCCGCCGCCGCCGCCGCCAGCAGCCGGGCUAGUCCGUCCGCCGCUGCCCGCCGUGCCCGAGCCGGCCGCAUGGCGCUCCGCGGCUUCUGCAGCGUCGAUGGCUCAGACCCCUUCUGGGAGUGGAAUGUCACGUGGAACACCAGCAGCCCCGACUUCACCAAGUGCUUUCAGAACACCGUCCUCGUGUGGGUGCCUUGCUCUUACCUUUGGGCCUGCUUCCCCUUCUACUUCCUCUAUCUCUCCCGCCAUGACCGGGGCUACAUUCAGAUGACACAUCUCAACAAAGCCAAAACUGCCUUGGGAUUUUUGCUAUGGACCGUCUGCUGGGCAGACCUCUUCUACUCUUUCUGGGAAAGAAGUUUGGGCAAGCUCCUGGCCCCAGUGUUUCUGGUCAGCCCAACCCUCUUGGGCAUCACCAUGCUGCUUGCUACCUUUUUAAUUCAGAUCGAGAGAAGGAGGGGAGUUCAGUCCUCAGGAAUCAUGCUCACUUUCUGGCUUAUAGCCCUACUGUGUGCCCUGGCCAUCCUGAGAUCCAAAAUCAUGACUGCCUUAAAAGAGGAUGCCCAAGUCGACGUCUUUCGCGAUGUCACUUUCUACAUUUACUUCUCCCUCGUGCUGAUCCAGCUUGUGUUGUCCUGCUUCUCAGACCGCUCACCCCUGUUCUCCGAAACCAUCCACGAUCCCAAUCCUUGCCCAGAAUCCAGCGCCUCCUUCCUUUCCAGGAUCACCUUCUGGUGGAUCACAGGGAUGAUGGUCCAGGGCUACCGCCAACCCCUGGAGAGCACUGACCUCUGGUCCCUGAAUAAGGAGGACACGUCAGAACAAGUUGUGCCCGUUUUGGUAAAGAACUGGAAGAAGGAAUGUGCAAAGUCCAGAAAACAGCCGGUGAAGAUCGUGUACUCCUCCAAGGAUCCCGCCAAGCCGAAAGGGAGUUCCAAGGUGGAUGUGAACGAGGAGGCCGAGGCUUUGAUCAUCAAGUCCCCCCAGAAGGAUUGGAACCCGUCCCUGUUCAAGGUGUUAUACAAGACCUUUGGGCCCUACUUCCUCAUGAGCUUCUUGUUCAAGGCUGUGCACGACCUGAUGAUGUUUACCGGCCCAGAGAUCUUAAAGUUGCUCAUCAGCUUCGUGAACGACAGGAAGGCCCCAGACUGGCAGGGCUACUUCUACACGGCGCUGCUGUUCGUCAGCGCCUGCCUGCAGACCCUCGUGCUGCACCAGUACUUCCACAUCUGCUUCGUCAGCGGCAUGCGGAUCAAGACUGCCGUCAUCGGGGCUGUGUACCGGAAGGCCCUGGUGAUCACCAAUUCAGCCAGAAAAUCGUCCACCGUCGGGGAGAUCGUCAACCUCAUGUCUGUGGAUGCCCAGAGGUUCAUGGACCUGGCCACGUACAUUAACAUGAUCUGGUCAGCUCCUCUGCAAGUCAUCCUUGCCCUCUACCUCCUGUGGCUGAACCUGGGCCCCUCCGUUCUGGCUGGAGUGGCUGUGAUGAUCUUCAUGGUUCCCCUCAAUGCAGUGAUGGCCAUGAAGACCAAGACCUACCAGGUGGCCCACAUGAAGAGCAAAGACAAUCGGAUUAAGCUGAUGAAUGAAAUUCUGAAUGGGAUCAAAGUGCUAAAACUUUACGCCUGGGAGCUGGCAUUCAAAGAUAAGGUACUGGCCAUCAGGCAGGAGGAGCUGAAGGUGCUGAAGAAAUCUGCCUACCUGGCCGCCGUGGGGACCUUCACCUGGGUCUGCACACCUUUCCUGGUGGCCUUGUGCACGUUUGCCGUCUACGUGACCAUCGACAAGAACAACAUCCUGGAUGCCCAGAAGGCCUUCGUGUCCUUGGCCUUGUUCAACAUCCUUCGCUUCCCCCUGAAUAUUCUCCCCAUGGUCAUCAGCAGCAUCGUGCAGGCGAGUGUCUCCCUCAAGCGCCUCAGGAUCUUCCUCUCCCACGAGGAGCUGGAACCUGACAGCAUCCAGCGAUGGCCCAUCAAAGACGCUGGGGCCACAAACAGCAUCACUGUGAAGAAUGCCACGUUCACUUGGGCCAGGAGCGACCCUCCCACGCUGCAUGGCAUCACUUUCUCCAUUCCGGAAGGUUCCCUGGUGGCCGUGGUGGGCCAGGUGGGCUGUGGGAAGUCGUCUCUGCUCUCAGCGCUCUUGGCUGAGAUGGACAAGGUGGAGGGACACGUGGCUAUCAAGGGUUCAGUGGCCUACGUCCCCCAGCAGGCCUGGAUUCAGAAUGUUUCUCUCCGAGAAAACAUCCUUUUUGGACGCCAGCUACAGGAACGGUAUUAUAAGGCUGUGAUAGAAGCCUGUGCCCUCCUCCCAGACCUGGAAAUCCUGCCCAGUGGGGACCGGACAGAGAUUGGUGAGAAGGGCGUGAACCUGUCUGGCGGCCAGAAGCAACGCGUGAGCCUGGCCCGGGCCGUGUAUUGCGACUCCGACAUCUACCUCUUUGACGAUCCCCUCUCGGCAGUGGACGCCCACGUGGGGAAGCACAUAUUUGAAAACGUGGUUGGCCCCAAGGGGAUGCUGAAGAACAAGACGCGGAUCCUGGUCACGCACAGCAUCAGCUACCUGCCCCAGGUGGAUGUCAUCAUCGUCAUGAGUGGUGGCAAGAUCUCCGAGAUGGGCUCCUACCAGGAGCUGCUGGCCCGGGACGGGGCCUUUGCCGAGUUCCUGCGCACAUACGCCAGCGGCGAGCAGGAGCAGGGGGAGCCCGACGACGGCUUAGCAGGUGUUGGCAGGCCAGGGAAGGAGAUGAAGCAGGUGGAGAACGGCAUGCUGGUAACGGACGCUGUGGGAAAGCAACUGCAGAGACAGCUCAGCAGCUCCUCCUACGGCGGGGAUGUCAGCCGGCACCACACCAGCACCGCGGAGCUGCAGAAGCCCAGGCCCGUGGAGGAGGACACCUGGAAGCUGAUGGAGGCAGACAAGGCUCAGACUGGGCAGGUCAAGCUCUCCGUGUACUGGGACUACAUGAAGGCGAUAGGACUUUUCAUCUCCUUUCUGAGCAUCUUCCUUUUCCUGUGUAACCACGUUGCUUCUCUGGCCUCUAACUAUUGGCUCAGUCUCUGGACUGAUGACCCCAUCGUCAAUGGGACCCAGGAGCACACGAAAGUCCGGCUGAGCGUCUAUGGAGCCCUGGGCAUUUCUCAAGGUAUCACAGUGUUCGGCUACUCCAUGGUGGUGUCCGUCGGGGGCAUCUUCGCCUCGCGCCGCCUGCACCUGGACCUGCUGCAUAACGUCCUCAGAUCGCCCAUGAGCUUCUUCGAGCGGACCCCCAGCGGGAACCUGGUGAACCGCUUCUCCAAGGAGCUGGACACAGUGGACUCGAUGAUCCCGCAGGUCAUCAAGAUGUUCAUGGGCUCCCUGUUCAAUGUCAUUGGCGCCUGUAUCAUCAUCCUGCUGGCCACUCCCAUGGUGGCCGUCAUCAUCCCGCCCCUGGGCCUCAUCUACUUCUUUGUCCAGAGGUUCUACGUGGCCUCCUCCCGGCAGCUGAAGCGCCUCGAGUCAGUCAGCCGCUCCCCGGUUUAUUCCCACUUCAACGAGACCUUGCUGGGGGUCAGCGUCAUCCGCGCCUUCGAGGAACAGGAGCGCUUCAUCCGCCAGAGCGACCUGAAGGUGGACGAGAACCAGAAGGCCUAUUACCCCAGCAUCGUGGCCAACAGGUGGCUGGCUGUGCGGCUGGAGUGUGUAGGCAACUGCAUUGUCCUGUUUGCCGCCCUGUUUGCAGUGAUCUCCCGGCACAGUCUCAGUGCUGGCUUGGUGGGCCUCUCGGUGUCUUACUCACUGCAGGUCACCACAUACUUGAACUGGCUUGUUCGGAUGUCGUCUGAGAUGGAGACCAACAUUGUGGCCGUGGAGAGACUCAAGGAGUAUUCAGAGACUGAGAAGGAGGCUCCCUGGCGAAUCCAGGAGAUGGCACCCCCCAGCAACUGGCCCCAGGUGGGCCGAGUGGAGUUCCGAGACUACGGCCUGCGUUACCGAGAGGACCUGGACCUGGUUCUCAAGCACAUCAACGUCACCAUCGAUGGAGGGGAGAAGGUCGGCAUCGUGGGGCGGACAGGAGCUGGGAAGUCAUCCCUGACCCUGGGCUUGUUUCGUAUCAACGAGUCUGCCGAGGGAGAGAUCAUCAUUGACGAUGUCAACAUUGCCAAGAUUGGCCUGCACGACCUCCGCUUCAAGAUCACCAUCAUCCCCCAGGACCCCGUUUUGUUUUCGGGUUCCCUCCGCAUGAACCUGGACCCAUUCAGCCAGUAUUCAGAUGAAGAGGUCUGGACGUCUCUGGAGCUGGCCCACCUGAAGGGCUUCGUGUCGGCCCUUCCCCAUAAGCUGAACCACGAGUGCGCAGAAGGCGGGGAGAACCUCAGCGUCGGGCAGCGCCAGCUUGUCUGCCUGGCCCGGGCCCUGCUGAGGAAGACGAAGAUCCUUGUGUUGGAUGAGGCCACGGCGGCUGUGGACCUGGAAACGGAUGACCUCAUUCAGUCCACCAUCCGGACGCAGUUUGACGACUGUACCGUCCUCACCAUUGCUCACCGGCUCAACACCAUCAUGGACUACACGAGGGUGAUUGUCCUGGACAAAGGGGAGAUCCGCGAGUGUGGUCCUCCCUCCGGCCUCCUGCAACAGAGAGGUCUCUUCUACAGCAUGGCCAAAGACGCUGGCUUGGUGUGAGCCCAGAGCUGGUGCAGCUGCUCAGAACUGCAGGGCCGACAUGCCAGCAGCCAGGGAUCAGUCGGCAUCCUUGGGAACCCAAGCCUCGCGUAGACUGAAACCAAAAAAAAAAAAAAAGAACAACCCAAAACCAAAACACACAGAAAGCAGCCACCCUCUGGCCCCCUGCCUGGAAUUGGCUGUGAAGAAACAGGAGAGACACAGGGAUGCAGUGCCCCCAAAACACGCACAUCCUUGCCUCUGUUACCCCCACAGACGCACACAUGUUCUCACACCCCUGGGAGGGCACAUGUGCUCUCUGUGCUCUGUGGGGAGGUUUGGGCCACCAGACUUCCAGAGAAAUCGGUUGCAUAAAACAUGCUAGUGACCAAAUCCAGCCAACUGCCUCAGAUCUCUCCAGCCGAAGUCUGCAGGUUCCAAGCUUUCGAGAAGCUCCCUGGUCCCCGGCACCUCUCUGUCCUUGCCUGGCUCUACCCAGAUGCUUGUUUCCCCAAGGCUGCAGUUUGGAGGUGAGGGGCCUGGUGAAGGUCAUUUUCACUCUCAGGCAGUGUCCUGAGGGGCAUGGACGCGCUUCUCACCAGCCAUCUGGUCUUCUGGGUGCUCAGACAUGGGAACCAGUGUCACAGCGCUGCCUCCACCGGGACUUGCUUCAUGGACCAGAGGCCGCAUGUCUCCCAGUGCUUCUCGUUGACGGGACUGGGCUGGCCUCCGGGUGACCUGGCCCUGGAGCUCCAGGCCGGGAGAGCUCUCUCAACGCCGACUUCCCCGCUUGACUGCUCACCUCGUCACCCGCUCCCGUCUUUGCCUUGCCUUCCUUCCUCCCUCUUUCUACCUGUAGCUAGAAUGGGUUUACGCCUUCAGGUGCCCGAAAGAGAAGACCUGGUCAUGGUUAUUCAGCAUUCAAAGCCAAGAGCGCUGGUGCCUCCAGGUGUGAGCAGUUGGUACUGAAAAGAGCCCCGUUGAGUCUCCUCCUUGUUCUUAGAGUUCAGUUUCUCACCCGGGGCCUCUGGUUGGCUGUCAGGGGCGGCGGGGUGGAGAACUUGACUUACGGUUACUGAGUCUCUUCUGGGACAAGAAAAGAACCCAUUCAUGAGUGUCAGUGAUUUUCUUUUUCUUUUUUUUUUUUUUAAGUACUGCUCUAGGGAGAAAAACAGUCUCAAGACUUUAAUUUCUUGGGAGGAAGUACUGGGCCGAGGAGCAGCAUCCCAGGGAAAGGCCAGGUUGGCUCAGCAUCUGGUGGUUGGUCCCUGUGUUCCUGGAAGGAAACGGGCAAGUGGGGUCCUUUCUUCAAAGCCCUGUAGGUCCCUUGAUUGGAGACCAAAGUGAGACCCAAAAAGCAAAGAGAGGUCACGGCUGCCCCAGGAUUCAUGCUCGCUAUGUGAAUUACGUUGCUGACUUCAAGCCAGAGAAGCAUCUUUCUUCUUUUGGGUGGAAAUACAUAUUUAUUUUUUGUAAGUUAAACCAUUAUUUCACAUUAGAUAAACCAAGUGUUUCUUGGGGAUCUUUUUGUAAUGACUUACACUGGAAACGUGAACAUUUGCAAAUAAUUUGCAGUUAAAAAAAAUAUUUUAUUUCUUUCUAAACGACUGUUCCAUUUUCUUUCUAGCGAAGGUUCCUGCCGUCUCUCCAGGAGUCGGGAUGGGGCACCCUCUCAUCUGCUGCUGUUCUUUCUCCUUGGCGAGCAUGUUGUUUCUAGCGGGAGCUCUUGGAAUUGGGAACCUAGAGAUUAAGAAUCAGGUGGGGUUUGGUGGGGAAUCGGCGUAGCACAGUGGACAGGGUCCUGCCCUUGUCAUCUGCAGGCUGUGUGACCCUAGGCAGGUCACUUAGUCUUCGUGCCUCAGUUGCUUCGUCGGUAAAUUGGGGCUGAUCCCUGCCUCCUGGGCUUGUUGUGAAGAUGAGCACUGAUGUGUGUGUUACGUGCAUGGCCCAGGUUGGGUUCUAAGACACAGGCGAGGCAAACAUCACACAUGGCAAGAAUUAGCCUUGGAAAUCCCUUUGUGGUGUUAGGCCAGGCUAGGCUAUGCUGCAGUAACAAAUUGGCCAUAAACUCUUGGGACAUGAAUACAAGGGUGUAUUUCUCAUAUAUUUCUUUAUGAGAAUCAGGCGCCUCUCCUUUGGUACGAUGACUGACAGAUCCAGACUGUUCUGGUUUUAUGACAUCGCCUCUCGGGGGCUGGCUUCUGGGUCACCACAGCUGGGGAAGGGAAGUUGUGGACGACUCACACCCACUGUUACGUAUCUCAAACCAGAAGUGACACAAGUCAGUUCCACUCACAGCCUGUUGGCCAGAAUUAGUCACAUGGCCCCACCAGGCCACAAAGGAGGCAGGAAAUGCAGGGACACAUAAGGAAGGAAGCCCCUUCCUGUGGUAACUGAUGUCAUUUCUCAGUUUUGGAUAGUGGGGGAGGAAGACCGGGGUGUUGGGAUCUGAGUUCGUAUUGGUGAGUCUGGACAGUGAGGAAUGCCAGGAUUUGGGGAGCACACACCCCAGGACCAUGCUCCAAGGACACAUGCAGGUGGAGCGGCCAGCGCUGGCUGCGUGUCCCCUACCCGCCCCCCGCCUCCAGGCUGCCUUGUCUGAGGAGCUGGGAGGUGAAGGUGCUCAACGAAAAGCAGCUGUGAGGUUGUCACCCUUAUCUGAGAAGCACUUGGAUGUGCCUUGUGGGGAGUCGACUUUAGAUGUGGCUGUGUUUCUGUCUCAGGGCCUGGCCCUGAGUAUUAAAAUCCUGGGUCAGAUGCUAAAUGAGUGUGCGAUCGGCGUGUGCCUUCCACGUCAGGAAGAGGGGCGGGUGCAGCAUUAACCCUGAAGAGAGUGAGCCAGGGUGUGGAGGGGGGUGGGAGGGGGCCUGCACACCUGCUCUUCCAGGUGAGUGCCCCAGCGCCGUGGAAGAAGGGGAGAAGCAAGCUUUGUUGUGCACCUGCUGCGUGCCAGGCCCGGGGCUCAGCGCUUUGCACAGCUCUCCUUGUGGGAAAGGAGCCCCGGGCCAGAGAGCAUCCCCAGCAACGCUUGCCUGCUCACCUCGCUGCUCUUCUUCCAACCUCAGGGUCCUCUCUCUCUUCCCAGACGUCUGCAUCACCUGCUCCUUUCCCUAUUUGACAGGGGCAGCUCUGUGCAAGCAAGGCUGUAAUCUCUUUAUUUCUUGCUGAAGGCUCAUCUCUAGAGCAGGGCAUGUGGCACGUGCUUAGUGACUGCAUUCUCCAACCUGGGACUGUGCUGUCCCUGUGCCGGGCCGGAACCCAGAGUGAAGUCACUCGGGCCCUAGAACUUGCCCUUCCGGAGUUGCAGCUUCCUUGCUGGUACAACUGGGAUCUUUGUAGCCAUCUGGCCAGGUGGCUGUGAGGAUGAAGACAGCCAUGCCUUGCCCUUAGGAUGCCUUCAUACGUGGUGAUGCCGUCCAUGCAUUCAUUUGUCUGUUCAUCCAUCCACCUAUUCAUUCCCUCCAUCCAUCCAGUCAUACAGUCAGUAUCUAUUGACCCCUCCUACGUGCUGUGUACCACGCUGGGUGCGAGGGAAAGCACAGCCAAUACAAAUGCACAGAUCUCUCGUCUCAGUUCAAGAAGGAAAGGAGCCCUUUCCUUCCCUUCUGGUGGGAUUCUAGAGUGGAAUUCAGCUCUUAUCCAUGAGCGAUGUGCUAGAGCUAAAGGAAUGUGCGAGAGGGAGUGUGGUACAGUGGUUAGGACGUGGGCGGCUCUGGCACCAGCCUUCCUGGGUUCAGAUCCCUACUUGCUUACACUCUGUCUCAGUUUUGUCACCUGUAAAAGGGGCCUAAUGAUAGUACCUUCCUCAGCACAGCAUCCUAGUAAGGUGUGGGGUGACUACUGGAAGCUAGUCACCCUCCGAUUGUGAGGAUUAACUGGGUGACAGGCAUUUAGAGCAGGGCUUUGUGUUUGCUGUGACCAGUGGGACUCGGGUGAGGUUUAAGGACUUACCGAGAGAGGCACUGACCAAGGAAGGUCUGUACACAGCUUUCCUGCCUCUUAGCUGUGCUCACUCGCCAGCCAGGCGCUGCUGGCAGGAGCCACAGCCAGAGGAUUAAUGGCCCGGGUGGCCCGCGGGCUGAUGUCCAAGGAGCCAUGGGGUGGGCCCAACAUCAGCCUUGUUAGUGGGCUCUUGCGGGCGCUGGUUCCACGGCCCACACUCUGCUUCCUGGCAAAACACCUCCCUCCAUGAAGGAGGCUCUUGUGGCCCUGGAACAACACCACGUGACCAUGCCAAGCACACAGCUGCCACCUUUGCCUGCAGUCGCUCUGCCAGGGCAUCAGCUGACUCGGCUCCAGGAGGAGACAUAAGAAGUGCUGUGUCUGGCCUCUUCCCGCACCUCGCAGUAGGACAGACACCCACACAAGAUGACUUGGACUUUGGUGUUAGGCCCAAGGGGAGAUCCCCGCUCUGCCACUUACUAGCCAGGUGGCCUUGCCAGGUCACGUCCGCUCACCGAGCCUCAGUUUUCUCAUCUGCAAGAUGGAGCAAAAUCACUAGUAAUGAUGGCAUUUUGUUGGCAUGACAGGGGGUGGGCAAGGGAUGCAGGCCCCUACCCCAUUUUGAAGGUAUCAAAAUGAACUAUGGUCACAUCUUGAAAAGGGGAGGCAGCCAUGACUGGACCUGGAUUUAGAUUCCUCUGGGCC